GUCUGCUUGAACCAUCUGCUUUGUGAGCGUGAACACAACUUGGUUCAGUUCCUCACCGUCUUGUUAUUGGCACUGCUACUGCAUGUACUCGCCCAUGCGAUGGCCAGAGACGUUUCUCGUUUUAUUUUUUCUCUCUCUCCAGGCCUAUAGAUGGACAUUUGGCAACGCACCUCUCACCGGUGGCAUCGGAGUUCAUGCAGCCCAAUGGACCUCUCAACGGAAGUUGGAUACUCGAAAUCAAGUUCGCGAUCUCUGGUACCAUGGAUACGAUAAUUACAUGAAGCAUGCCUUUCCGAUGGAUGAGCUUGCUCCCCUAUCAUGUCGCGGUCGCGGACCUGAUUGGCGUUCUCCAGAGAACAUUGCCUACAAUGAUGUCGAUGGCAACUAUUCUGUCACUCUUGUUGACUCACUCGAUACGCUUGUGGUUCUCAACGAUAAGGCUGGGUUCGAGGAUGCCGUCCAAAAGGUAAUCCAAUGGGUAUCCUUCGACGUGAACACGAAACCUCAAGUCUUUGAAACGAACAUCCGUGUCCUCGGUGGUCUUCUUUCUGCACAUAUCUUCGCCAACCAAACGGGCCAACCAUUCCAUCUACCAUGGUACCAAGGCGAACUUCUGGCGAUGUCGAAGGAUCUUGGUGAAAGGUUGUUAAGAGCAUUUGCCACCCCGACCGGCAUUCCAUUCGCAAGGAUAAACCUGCGGAGUGGCCUUCAAAGAGGCGAGAGUAUCGAGAGUUGUACCGCCGGGGCAGGUUCCCUCAUCCUCGAGUUCGCCACCUUAAGCCGUCUUACGGGCGAUGACAGAUUUGAGAAGGCUGCCAAAAAGGCCUUCUUUGCCAUCUGGAAUCGUAAGUCGGACAUAGGACUAGUAGGGAACACUAUCAACAUUUGGACUGGGGCUUGGACAUAUCCAGAAGUUAGUGGAAUCGGCGCUGGCAUCGAUUCCUUUUUCGAAUAUGCUCUGAAAUGGUAUAUUAUGAGUGGUGAACCCGAAUUCCUCGACGUUUGGAACGAUUCGUAUGCCGCAAUAAUGAGAUAUGCGCGAUCGGCAGACGGAUUCUGGUAUCGUCGGGUCAACAUACACACCGGUGACGUGGCGUAUUUCACGAUGGACUCCCUGGCCGCGUUUUGGCCUGGCCUACAAGUGCUUGCUGGAGACAUCGAAAACGCUAUCAAGUCGCACAUGACCUACUGGCAUCUCUGGAAACGACAUUCGGGGCUACCAGAGAUAUGGGAUAUGAAUUUCCGAGUUGCCACCUCAUUACAAUUUCCACUUCGUCCAGAAUUUAUCGAGUCCACAUGGUACCUCUAUCGGGCAACGCACGACACCAUAUACCUAGAUAUAGGGGAGCGGAUCCUUCACGACUUUGCCCUCAGAUCCAAAGUGGACUGCGGGCUUUCUUCGAUUCAAGACCUUCGAGACAACACUCGCGACGAUCGAAUGGAAUCAUUUGUGCUUUCGGAAACACUAAAGUAUCUCUAUUUAUUAUUUGACGAAUCGAACAGUCUCCACUCGGAUGGAUCCAACUACGUAUUCACGACAGAGGGUCACCUCCUCACCUUGGGCCACGAACAUCUGAAGCCCGUCUCUCCCAAGGUCCGCAAGCUUCGCGGCAAAGAAAACUACCAAUGCCCGGCAUAUCAACCAAUGUUCUUUGGCGUCGAUGCAAAGAACGGGCUAAUGGUUGGCAUCGGCUCCCGCCCAGACGUGGAGUACGUCAGGCAUCUCAUCGGGACGCCAUUCCUUGCGAAUGAAGAGUACGCAUGGCAUAGUAAUGGCUGGUGCGACGUGCCGGGAGUCGACCUCUUCUCGUAUGACUUCAUAUUAUCGGCAGACGGUCGUUCGACGGUUGAGGAUCUCAGUCCUAGCAUGAAGAAAGUCACUCCUGUGUCUGACGGUUACAUCGUCCAAAACGUCUCUGGUCUCCGCGCGCGCAUCGUCAGUCGUCUCGACGGCAAAGGCUACGAUGUUACAAAACUGGGACCUCACACGAUCCACACUGGCCAGCUGGUGUACCUCAACGACUCGGCCCUGACUUUUGCCGCAUCGAAGGACAAGCAGGAUCAACCCACAUCUCAGCCUCGUCUACCUGACGUCGACCUCCACUUUUUCAUCGACUUCGUAGACCCCAAGCGACAACUCCAACCCGCCGUCCACCGAGCCUCUACAGAUAUGCUCAUCACGGGCCACACGGCCAUGUUCGGAGGAAACCCCUUCUCCGCCGUAGACUCGAACGGCUAUCCACUCCGCUUCGCGCACGGAGAAGGCGUCGCUCUCGUACGAGCUCCUCUAAGCAACCCGCUAGGGUGUCACCACUACGAUCAGGAAUACUUGGACGAUGCUAUCGUCGUCCAGCGCGGUGACUGCACAUUCCUCGAGAAGCUGCGGUUCGCACAGCUCGCGGGAGCGUCUGGCGUCGUCGUCCUUACAGAUGAAGACCUACCUAUCAACCCCGGCGCCGACGACGACGAACUAGACGCUAUCGGGGAUACGCUGGACGAUGUGGUCAUCACCGUGUUGCGGCGAGCGGACUCGAAGGAACUGAACGCGAUGCUGGAUUUGGCGGAGACGCAUGGGUUGGGGCAGCCAAUGGUCGUUCUAGAGUCGACGGGAGAUGCACAGCCGGCCGGAUGGGGGAGUACGACGAAGGAGGUUCCGACACCGACGUCAUCAUCGACGACUGCACCGAACUCUAAUCGUGUUCUAUAUCUGAACGGGCAUCCGUUACUCAAUACAAGACUAAUGGUAUAGGCUCGAUUCUCGUCUGCUGUCUGCUGUCUGCCGCCGCGGUUCUACAUUCGCCUCUGUGAGCGGAAAAUAAGGGAUGGUACAGAUAAUUUAUGACGAAGAGAACUAUAUCAGUCGUCUAGUUUGAUGAGCGAGUAAGAGGGGCCGUUGAGCUUGCUGGUUCCUUGGAGGAACGUCAACUCGAUGAUGAAGAGGGAUUCGAGCAGUGUGGCCCCUUGCUUGGUGAUGAGUUCACCAGCGGCCUUCGCGGAGCCGCCAGUAGCGAUGAGAUCGUCGAUGACAAUGACGGUUUGUCCGGCUGCGAUGGCAUCGGCUUGCAUCUCGAAAACAUCCACACCGUACUCCUUCUCAUACUCAGCUUGAAUGCACUCUCCCGGGAGCUUGCCCCGCUUCCUCACCGGCACGAACGCCGCCCCAAGCCUCAGCGCAAUAAUCGGACCAAGCAAAAAUCCUCGCGCAUCAAGACCGACGACGACAUCAAUCUUUUUGCUGGGAGAGUUGGGGAUGGUGUGCGAGGUGAGGUGGUGGACGAAGUUUGUGAUCAGUGUUUCGAAAGCUAUCGGGUCUCGCAGGAGCGGGAGGAAGUCGAGGAAAACAAUGCCCUUCUUAGGAAAGUCGGGAUAUGGCCUCAACAAGCUCUUCAAGUAUGCAAUGUCGGCCAUGGUGUAG